AUGUUCAUGAUCUUGCGAGACAUGGAAGCCUGGAGACUGGAUGUUAGCUUAGCUGAUUUUGGGAGUGCUAACCUCGAGUAUGUCGACUUGCUACAGCUCACUAAAGUAGACCUGCGCUGGGGGGAAAGGGAUAUCGAGUUACGCGUCUGUCGAGAUCCUGCGAGCACUGAUGACGCACCGGAAGGUUUGUGGGGCCGUUGGGGGCAGCCCCAAGUUGACAUAUUGCACGUCGUUGGAACCGAUGGGAAGGCCGUUUGUUUUCAUUCAGGUUGCAAUCGCCUGGCGGACGCAGUAGGGGUUACUUUGGGGCCAAAAGGGCGCAACGUGGUGAUAGCUCAGCCGUUCGGCUCGCCGAAGAUAACGAAGGAUGGAGUGACCGUUGCCAAGGCGAUCGAGUUGGGGAACAAAACGGAAAACCUUGGCGCCCAGCUGCUAAAACAAGUGGCGGCCACUACAAAUGACAUUGCGGGCAUCCACCUGGCGGUUGAGCACGUGCUGUCGGCUCUUUCUGCGUCUCGUAAGGAAAUCUCGACGACUGAGGAAAUCGUAUCAGUAGCAACGAUCAGCGCCAACGGUGACGCGCAGGUGGGGGCGCUGAUAGGCGAGGCAAUGAAGAAGGUGGGCCGUGAGGGAACGAUAACUGUCUCGGAGGGGAAGGCGUUGCAGCACGCGCUGGAGGUGGUGGAGGGGCUGCGCUUUGACCGAGGGUACCUCAGCCCUUACUUCAUUACGAACGCGAAGGAACAGAAGGUUGAACUGGACUCCCCAUACGUCCUGCUGGUGGACAAGCGACUGUCGCAAAUACAACAGCUUCUCCCCGCCCUCGAAUUCGUCUUGCAGAACCAGGCAGCCCUCCUCAUCGUUGCAGAGGACGUUGAGAGCGAGGCUCUCGCGACUCUGGUGGUCAAUAAACUUCGCCUGGGUCUCCGCGUCUGUGCAGUGAAGGCCCCCGGCUUUGGAGACGGCCGCAAAGCGCAGCUCUACGAUCUGGCCACCCUUACGGGGGGCAAGGUGCUCAGCGACGACACACCGUCCAUUGGAGAGGAAAAGACAGACAUUGUGGGGAUGCUGGGACGCGCGAAGAGCGUAGUGGUGACGAAGGAUUCUACGCUGAUGAUGGAAGGCAACGGGUCAAAGGCGGACAUCUCCGAGAGAUGUGAACAGCUGAGGAACCUCAUCAAACAAACCUCCUCAGGCAGGUGGAACUGUCAGUGUUAUGAGAAGGAGAAGCUGCAGGAGCGGCUUGCGAGGCUGACUGGUGGUGUGGCGGUGAUAAAAGUGGGCGGGGCAUCUGAAGUGGCCGUAGGCGAGGCGAAGGAUAGAAUUCAAGAUGCCCUUUGCGCCACAAGAGCUGCCGUUGAAGAAGGCAUUGUUCCAGGAGGAGGCGUUGCUCUUCUCUAUGCUUCGCAGGGCUUGAAGGACUUGAAGGUAGACAACGCCGAGCAGCGGAUGGGCGUGGAGAUUGUGGAGAAAGCAUGCCAAGUACCGUGCAAGCUCAUAGCAGACAACGCAGGACACGAGGGGGCGGUGGUGGUGGGGAAUUUGUUGCGCCUCAAGGACGAGAAGAUGGGUUUCAAUGCACAGACAGGCUGCUACGUCAACAUGAUUGAAGCAGGCAUUAUAGACCCAACCAAAGUUGUUAAGACUGCUUUGAGCGACGCCUCUUCAGUGGCUUCCCUCAUGGCGACAACGGAGGCCUCCAUCGUGGACGCCCCCGAGAAGAACCCGCAGCAGGCAGAAGGAAUGGGGGCCCACGGGGGGGGCAUGCCUAUGGGGGGAAUGUUCUAA